CCCAAUUGUCUGUUGACAAACGUGAGCAAUCUGUCCCGUUUCACUUUAGUCAUCAAGAAGAAUAAAAAUGUAAUAUUGCAGGAUUUGGUCAACGUGGUGAUCUUUGAAGUGGAUUCUUCAUGACUUUGUGAACCCGGUCCAGGAGAAACCAUGCUUAAAUGGUUUUCGGGUGAAGAGGGAGAGCCUGGCUCUGGAGGCUCGGGCUCUCCACCCAGCCAUGCCGGUGGCGGAGAGAUUCCUGUGGAAGAAAUGGCAGAGAGGCUGACCCAGACUGAGCAGCUUGUCACUCAGCUGAAGGAGAUGAUUCGUGAAAAAGAUGCAGUUCUUUGCUCCAAAGAUGACCAGCUGAAGGCUGAGAAGGAGGCCUGUGAAGCCAAACUGUCCAAACUGCGUCUGCAGAACAAGGCCAAGGUGACGUCUCUGACAGCACAGCUAGAGGAGCUGAAGAAGCAGCAGGGCCCGAGCACACCGACACACGGCAAAAAGGGUUCAUCAGAAGGAGGAGAACAAGCCAGCCGAGGCAAGAUUGUCCUGCUGAAGAAGAAGGUUGAUGAACUAGAACAGCAGCUUGCACAAAGAGAUGUGGAACUGGAAAACAAAAUGAAGGAGUUGGAGUCUCAGCGGCAGCGUGGUGAAGAAGUGGACACUAUGCUGACAGAGAAGGACAAGAAGCUGGCAGAAAAAGAGGCCUACAUUGUCCACCUGCAAACAGCGCUGGCUGGAGAUCAGCCCAUCACACCUGCACCACCACAAAAGGCUGAGGACGGCGGGGCGAUGCAGGAGCUGCAGUUGCUGGUACAGAGCUUGACUAAGAAAGUGGGGGAAGCAGAGGAGCGCUACAGUUUGCUGCAGGAGCAGACAGACAGCCUCAAAGACCUGCUGGCUACAGAGAAGGAGCAGUACAGCCAAAAGGAGAGCAUGUACAAGCAGAAUAUCCAGACAUUCAAAGACAUCAUCAUUCAGAAGGACAGCCAGCUGAUGGAGGUCAACCAGAUGCAUGAACAGGAGCUCUUCAAGCUAGCAGCCAAGUCAGAUGCCAGUGCAGACUUGGAGCAGCUUCUCAAGGCUCUAAAACAGAAGCUUCAUGAGAAGGAGGAAGUGCUGCUGGGUAAAACUCAGGUCAUUGAUGUUCUCCAGGGAGAGGUGGACGGGAGAGAUCAGCAGAUAAAGGAACUCUCAGAGCAGCUGCAGAGGCUACAAGUCGAGCGAGAGAGCCUUGAAUCCAAAAUGGAGGCAGAGAAGCAUGUGAUGCGAGCACAACUCCGUGACCUGAUGGAGAAGCAGCAGGCAGAGGUGCAGCGAAUGACCGAGCAGCAUCAAGCACAGCUGGAUCAAACCCAACAGGAUCUCAUGAGGCAGCUGGAGGACCUGAGGAGAGCCCAGGCAGCAGCACCACCUGCCAGUCAAGAGGCAUCAGGAAGUGGAAAUGUGCUCACAGAUUCAGCUUCCAUCCAGAGGAUAGCUGAGCUGGAAGCACAAGCAAAACAGAAAACAGAUGAAGCCAGCAGAUCAGAGGCCAAGUUCCUAAAAAUGAAAGCUUGGUCUAAAAGUCGAAUCAGACAGCUGGAGGAGGAACUGAAGAAAAGCCAGGCUGGAGUCGCUCCCCCAGACCUGACUGCCCUGCGGAGUCGCAUCACUGCACUCGAGGAGGAGAGAGAAGAAAACCUCUGGAAGGUGGAGCAAUACGAGGAGGUUAAAGCAAAAAACGAAAUGCUGGAGGCAAAGUUGGUGGUGUAUGAGGAGCAACAGAGGACACUGCAGGCAGACUUGGAGCAGUUCACCAAGAGGGCUGCCUCUCAGGCAAGUGAAUCAGGCAGCGCUGAUGACACUCAGAGCCAGGUGCUGGAGUGGCAGGAGAUGGUAGCUGAGGUGGUCAGUGCCAGAGACCGGGCCAGGGAGGAGAAGGCUGCCUUGUCCCUCCGUAUCAGCCACAUGGAGGAGGAAAGAGAGGAACUGAUUGAGGAUGACUGGUUCUUUCCUGGCUGCUCCGAUCCAGCACUGGUCACUCGGCAGCAGGAGUUGGAGGAGGAGUUGGCUCAAGCUCGGAGGCUCGACCAGCACAGGGCCAAGAAGCUGGCACUUCCAUCCCAGCGAAGUCUGCAGGAGGACUUUGAGCUCGAUGGGCAGGCCCCGUUUCAGGAUCCUCGAAGUAUCUCAGAGAGUACCACUCCAAUGGAAGGGGAGAACAUGGGAGAUGGCCUGCGGUCUGUUGUGGAGGAGCUGGAGCUGGAAAGAAAUCAACUACAGGAGCAGAUACUGAGCCUGGAGGAGCGCUGCCAGGACCUGGAGGAUCGACUGCAGCUGCAGGCCCGUAUAGAGGCAUUACAGAACGAGUCAGACAAACUGCAGAGCCAACUUGCAAGUGUCAGAAGUCAACAAAGCAGAGAGGCGGAGAAGCAUCAGCUGCUGGUUAACAGUCUCAAUGAACAGCUCAAAGGGCUGACUGACACACAGGAGUGCCUGCAAAGCUCCCUCAUUGAGAAGGAGAAUACUUUGGCCAAGACAUCUGAGAAACUUGAGGUCAUCAGCAGCCUUCGACAAUCACUGAGUGAAAAAGACAUUCAGUGCAAAGAGCUGUCUGACAAGCUCCUUCAGACGGAGCACACUCUUGAGAACAUUUCCAUGAAAUACACUAUGUCAGAGAAACAAUGCUCUGAGUUGAAAGCAGAAGUUAUGGAUCUCACACAAAAGCUGAGUGUGCUGAAAGAGAAGACGCAAAAACAAGAUGUCACCAUUGAAACAUUACAAACUGACCUUGAUCAGACAAACGAGGAGCUGGACAAACUGAACACCUCGCAUUUGGAAGAACGAGCCCAGCUCAUUUAUGACCUUCAAAGCUGCGAGCGGGAAAUCGAUAACCUUAAAGAUGCUCUGCUGGAAAAGGAUAAAGAGAUAUCAACUCUUGUUGGGAACAUGGCUGAGUAUGCAGAGCAGGUCUCAGCACUGAAACAAGAGAUCAAACUCAAAGAGGAGAGCCUGGUACAAGUAGAAAAUGCACUGAGUAAGGCAGAGAGGGAGGCUAAUAUAAUGAAAGAAUCACAGAAUUCAGACCAGCAGGCCCUUAAUAAUAAGAUCACAGAGCUGGUGGAGAAACUUAAGGAAGCUGAGAUGGAGAUGGUGAAGGCCAAAGAUGAACGAGAGUCUAAAGGAGUUGAGGUGGAACACUUAAUCAAGCAGGCUGAAAAGGAUAAGACGACUAUUCAGGACCUUCGAGGAGAAAUCCAGAAGCAGAAUGUGAGCCAUCAUAAUCAUCUUUCUGAAUGUGAAACGCACAUCACUUCACUAAAGGAACAGCUGGCAGUAUCUGCACAGAAACUACAGGAGUCAGAAGGACUUGUUUUGCAGCUUAAGGAUAGAAAUGCAAGUAAUGAGAAACUACAGCAAGAGCUUAAUGAGAAAGAGCAGACAUAUGAAAAGGAGCUCAAGUCUUUCAAGGAAGAACAGAAUAAGCUUUUGGCACAGGUGGAAAAGUAUAACACUGACUUUCAGACCUUAUCAAAGCAAUUAGACAAGCAAGUUCAGAGUGAAGAGAAUGUCAAGCAAGUAAUGCAAGAGAAAAUGAAAAAGAUGGCAUCACUCGAAAACCAGCUAAAGGACGAGAGGCAGAAAUUCAACACUGAAAAUGAGAAACUGUGCAAUGAACUUCAAAGCAAAUCUGAAAAUAUCUCCAAGCUUGAAAGUCUCUUAAAAAGCAUGACGACUGAAAAAGAGCAGCUCCAAGAAAACCUGAAGGGGCUGAAUGAGGAGCUUGAACUCGAACGUAGGAAUUUAAAAGAGCUAAAUGAAAAGGUUACAUCUACUCUUGAAUUCAACAGCAGUCUGGAGAAUCAAGUGCAAGUUCUUACAAAAGAGAGAGACAGGCUUGAAUUGGAAGUAACUGAGCAUGUCAAAAAUACUUCACAGGUUACAGCCGAAAUGGAUUCCUUGCAAGUCAAAAUAUCUGAAUUGGAAAUGCAACACUCACAAAGUAACACAAUUAUUCAAGGGCUACAGAAAGAUAAAGAGGAACUAACUACUCGAACUCUUGAGCUAAAUAGAGUUCUUGAGCAAAGCACACAUUCAACCUCUGAGAUCAUGUUGGCAAAAACAAAUGAAUGUAGUUCGCUCCAGCAGCUACUCAGGGAAAGAGAGGAGACGGUGACCCAGCAGCAGGAAAAGGUGCAAAGCUUGACGUCUAAGGUAGACAAAAUGCAGCGCGACCUCGCCGAAAAAGAGCAGACUGUCACUGAACUUCAAGCACGAAUAGAGGCCCAACAAAAUGAGCAAGCACAGCUUCAGGAAACUCUGUCUCUGCUUCAGGAACAACAAAGUAGUCUGAAGUCUGGGUUAUUGGAGAAGGAUGCAAUGUAUAAACAGAAGCAGGAGGAGUUCCAGAGUUUGCAGAAGGAAACUGAAAACCAGAAAAAUAUUGUAUCCAGGCUACAAGCCGAGGCGGAGUCGCUCAUUGAGGAACGCUCACAACUCAGACAGCAACUGGGAGAGAGAGAAGAAAUGUUGAAAAAUUCAACUCAGGAAUGUCAGAAGCACAAAGAUGAACUGAAUAACAAAAACACAACUAUCAGGUCUCUAAGUGACCGAAUCAGUGUCACGGAGGAAAAUGCUAGAAAGCUUGAGUGUGAAGCUGAGCAGAGUAAAACAGAAUUGGCUAGUUUAAAAAGCCACAGCCAAGCUUUGUCCGAGGAGAACCGCCACCUUCGUGAUGCAUGUGAAUCCAAAGAAAAGGAGCUUGCACAACAAAGGCAGCUUCUAUCUGAUCUUGAUGGGCAGCUUGAAGCGACCCUUGACCAGAACUCCAGUUUUAGCAUGAAGAUUAGCAGUCUAACAGAAAAUAAUCAAAGACUACAGGAAGAGUUAGCACAGAACAUGAAAUCAGUUUCUGAACUUACUGCUGAGAGAGUUGUUCUCCAAGAAAAAGCUUCUGGCCUUGAAAUUCAGAUCUCAGAUAGUCAAAAAAUAGUUGCUAGUCUGUUGAAGGAGAAAGAGGAGCUUACUGCGGCAACAGAUGAAUUAAAAAAGGUCCUCAAGGAAAGCGAACAGGCAAUCUCUGUAGGUCUACUCGAGAAAACAAAUGAAUGUGCUAAUCUGUUGAAAAACACGAGGGAGAAGGAGCAACAGCUUCAGAGUUUACAAGAGCAAAUCGAUAGUUUAAAAAUGCAGGUCGAUCAGCUGAGCAUGUCCUUGGUUGAAAAAGACCAAACUGUGUCAGAGCAGAAUUCACAGAUAAUGGCCCAGCAGAACCAGCUGCUGCAGCUUCAGGAUACUGUAUCUAUGCUUCAGGAGCAGGGAUCAGUUUUAAAGUCAGGACUAAUGGAAAAAGAUGUCAUGCUGCAGCAGAAAGUUGAGGAAUGUAGUGUAUCUCUGAAUGAAGUCAAGCUACAGAAAGAGCUCGCAUCACAGAUGCAGGUUGAGGUAGAGUUGCUCAGGAAAGAGUACGUGGAGGCCAAACAACAACUAGAGCAGAAAGAACAAGCACUGAAAGAAGUAACACACGAAUUUCAGAACCACAAAGAUGAGCUGAAUAAACGAAAUGAAUCUGUCAUUUCGCUCAGUGCUCAGCUUGGGGCCAUGAAUGAGAGCGCUUCAGAGAUGGAGGUGGAAAUUAAUAACCUGAAAGCAUCUGUGCAGAAACUCACUGCAGAAAAUUGUCAGCUGAUAAAGGACGAGGGCCAGAGGAAAGCAGAGAUAACUGAUUUUAAAGACAACAUUCAAGCCCUCAUUGAACAGAAUGUUCGAUUGAAAUCUGAACUUCAGAAAACAGUGGCAGAGCUGGCCAAAGCAAACGAAGAAGCUGCUAAUCUCAACUUGGAAAUCCAAGGAAAAAAUGACGCCCUGAAACAGCAGGAGAAUUUGAUCCAGCAGCUCAACAGUGAGAUUGCUGAGCAGGGCGAGCUGCUGAAAGAGAAAGAAGGCAAAACUUUGGAGCUUGAAGAUUCUGUGUGUACACUCAGAGGCCAGGUUGACAGUCUGACAUCAGAGUCUUCCAUACUAAAGAAUAGUUUGGAGAAAAAGGAGGAGUCAAGUCUUGAAUAUCAAAGUAGUACUUCCGCUGCCUUUGAUAGUCUGGCUUCACAUCUACAAGCCAAAGAGGCAGAAUGUGAGAGCUUGAAAGAAAAGAUAUCACACCUUGAGGAAUCUGUCUCAAAGCUCAACAACAACCUGGAAGCACAGACAUCUGAAGCGGCAAACCUCAAAAUGGCCUUGGAAGAAAAAGAAGCAGCUCUUUUGGAACAAUCGAAAGCUCUCCAGGAUUUCCAGAAAAGAGGAGACGAAGCACUGCUGUUCAAAACUCAGUUCAUGGAAAGUACAGAGUUGGCGUCACAGCUGCAAAGUCAAAUUCAGUUACUGUCCACUGAGUCUGAAAAAUGUAGAAAGACGGCAGAAGAAACCCAAAGUGCCUUCAAUAACCUGCAGGAGAAAUAUGCUGCCACCUUAGAAGAGUUACAAGACUCGAGGAAGCAACUCUCUCAAAAGACAGAUGAGGUGUCUGAGCUCCGGAUGUUAUUGGAUGAUUCUAAUAACGAAUAUCAGACUGCAAAGACCACCAUAGAGACACUGAAAAAUAACUUACAUGUGAUCCAGGAGAAACUGGAGAAAGCUGAAGACUUGAACUCCAGUCUUUCAAAGGAAAAGGAUGACGCAUUUGCUUCGCAUCAAGCGAGCGUGUCAUUGUUGACUGUUGAAAUAGAAAGACUCAGAUCACAGCAUCUUCAGGUCGUGGCUCAGAUGAAUGCACUGACAGAAAACCUUGAACAGAGAGAAAUGGCUCUCCACGCAAUCAAUAGUCAGUACAGCGCCCAGGCCAAACAUGCAUCUCAGCUGGUUUCAGAAAUGCAGAAGUUAGAAGAGCAGAAUAAGAGACUGAAUGAGGAGAUAGGAUUGUCAAAGGAAGAGAAUCAGAAACUUCACAUUGCUCUCAGUAAUGAAAACACACAUUUGAAAGAGGAAUUUAGGAAACUUUUUGCAGAGAAAGAAGAGCUAGAAAGAAGACAUCAACAAACGUUGGCGGAGCUGCAGGUUCAAAUGGAGCAGAAAUCCAGCAGCGUGAAUGAACUCGUGGAGAGAAUGACAUCUGAGAAGCAGAGCCUUCAAGCAAAGGUUAGUGCCAAAGAUGAAGAAAUUUCUCAGUUGAAGGAAAACAUUCAAAAAAUAGAACAAAUUCUGCAGGAUUCAGAGAAAGAGUGGCUUUUAGUUCUGGAUAGAGAAAAGCAGGAAAAGAACCUUCUUGCAGAACAAUUGAAAAGUGUUGAAAAUGAGAUGAAAUCUAAAGAUGUUAAAGUAAAUGCUUUGAAACAGGACAUGGACAGCUUGCAGGAGAAACUAGCAGAGGCUUCCUCUGCUAUUAGGGAGGGCUCUAAUCAACUGAGCACGAAAGAGUUGGAGGCAUCAGCAUCCAGAGUUCAGCUUGAGAAUGUGUUAGCAUCUAUCCAGGAAAAGGAGAAUGAGAACCAUAUUUUGCAGCAGGCUCUCAAAGCUGUGGAAGACGAGUUACAAAGACUAGUAGUGAGAAAAAAGGACAAAGUUUCCUCUCUAUUGAAAUCUUCUGCUUUGAAUGAAGACAAAGCCUCUUUGGAGGACAUGAUAAAAUGGUUACAAGAAAGUCAUCAAAGUGAAGUAGAUGCUUUGGAAACAGAGUUGGAUAAAACUGUUGCAGAAUUGGAAAAAACACAGACUGUACUUAAUCAGAGAGAGCAGAAUAGUUGCGAGAAAGGUCAACAAAUAGCUCUUUUGCAAGAGACUGUGGAGCAUUUAAACACUCAGCUUAAUGCUGAAUUAGUGAGAGUGAAAGAAGCUACUGUUAAACACUCUACUUUAUAUGAUGAAUUGCAAACAAAAGAUGAGCAAAUCAGCUGCAUGAGCAUUCAGAUCAGUCAACAGAAGGAAUUACUCGCUGGCCUUACUCAGCAGAUAAAGGAAAAAGAUGCAUCCAUUGCCCAGGUCAUGGAGUCUGCCUCAAAUGAGAGAAUGAAACUUGGUGAGGAAAAUGGCUCGCUCUCGGCACAAUUAAAGAGCAUGGAGAGAGCACAUAAAGAGAUUUCUCAACAGUUAGAAGAACAUAUUUCGCACAGUUCAAGUGAAACUGAGAAAAAUAAUUUAGAGAAGCUCAUGCUAAUUAGGGAAAAGGAUGAGCUACAAAGUGAACUCACAAAAGUAUCGAAAGAAAAAGAUGCAGUGAAGAAGAAGCUGCAGGCUGCGCUUAUUGUGAGAAAAGAUCUGUUAAGGAGGAUUGAAGAAUAUGAAAACCAAAAAGAAGAGAGCGUAAGCAGUAAAACUGAGGUUUCACUGUUGCAUGAUCAAUUGCAGGAAGCCAAAAGUCAAGCUCAAGUUACAGCAGAAUUGCAUAAAGAAAAUAUUUCCCAACUUGAAAAGAAAAUUCUCGAGAAAGAGGGAGAAUUUGUUAAGUAUAAAACCGAAAGCAAAACACUUUUGGAACAGCUAGAGUCAGAAAAACAGAGUUUGCAAACCAUCUUAAAUGAUAAAGAAGCUCAUUUGUCAAAAACAUUACAAAAGCUCAGUGAGAAAGACUCACUAGUCGAGCAGCUGCAGUCCAGUGCUGCCGAGAAGGAAGAGAUAUUUGAGCAGAACAGCAAGGGUUUGACGCAGAAAUUAGAAGAGCUUCAAAAUGAAAUCAAGACAUGCAAAGAUGAGUUAAAGGACAAAUCUUCCUCUUCUGCUAGUGCUGUUGACUUAGAAAAUGAGCUUGCACAGGUAAAGUCAGAAAAGGUGACCUUACAGAAGAAAGCCCAGGCCGCCUUGCUGGCACGCAAAGAAUCAAUAAAGAAAGCUCAAGAAAAUGAAAAGAAAUUAACUCAAGAGCUUGCGGAACUAAAAGAUGACUACAAGGCGCUCUUGGAGCAACACUGCCAGCAGACGAACGAGCUAAACGCAGUGCAGUUGAGCUUGGAUGAGAAGACCAGAGAAAUGGAGGUACUCAAUAAAACCUCUUUUUGUUAUCUGGAUGAAUUGGAAACUUUGAGACAGCUUGUAGAGGAGAGAGACAAAACUCUUCAAGAUUUAAAGAUGUCUUUGGCAGAGAAAGAGAGCCAAUGCCAUUCUCUCUCAAGCCUGCAAACAGAACUUGAAGCUACUAAAUCUGGAUUAGAGGCUAUUUCUCUUGAGAUGGCCAAUAAAGAGGAGUCCCUCAUAGCCAUGGAGCAAAGAGCAGAUUCUUUGAAAUCAAGACUGCACAUCGUAGAGAACGAAUUAAGAGAGAAAACUGAAGAGUUUGACAAAUAUCGGGAUGCAAUCAGAGAUGCUGAGGUUAAGACCCAACAGGAGAAUCAGUCUUUAUUUGAUAAAAAUAAGGCUUUAGAGACUCAACUGUGCAUCCUUAAAUCUUCACUAGAGGAACAUAUGUAUGCAAAUGAAGAGAAAUAUCAAACCUUAUUGAAAGAAAAGGAGGCUGUUUUGGAGCAAAGUAAUCAGACGAAAGCAGAACUUGAAACAAAAGCUGAUUUAGUUUCGCAGAAAUCCUUUGAAGUUUUGACCCUUCAGAAGACAUUAGAACAAACAGAGCAGCAGCUCACUGAGGACAACCGUUCUUUGGCUAAGGAGCUUAAACAUCUGCAGCAGCAGUUUACUGAAACACAGAGGAAUAUGGAUUCGCUGAAGCAGGAAAAAGAACAUUUUGUCCAAUUAUUUAAUGAUCUGAGGGAUGAGGUGACCUCCCUGAGGAAGCAAUCGAAGGAGUCAGAGAAUGUAAAAGAGCAGCUGCUGGAGAAGCACGAUGCACCCGUUGAACAAGAGGGUCAAAACGAAGAAGGGGUCUGUUUUUCUUGCAAAUGUGCAGAAAACUUUGAAACAAAACUAAAGGAGCGAGAUGAUGCCUUGUUAGUUUCUCAAGCUCAAGUUUCUGAAAAGGAGGAACUAAUUGCUGCCCUUGAAAUUCAGCUACAACAGCAAAGCAAAAUGCUUGAAAACACUACUGAAAAGAUGAGAAGAGAGGGUGUUCAGCUUCAGAAAUCUCCUGAUGAGGGUGCCAGGACGAAUGAUCCGGAUAACCAAAACAAAGUUACCCUUCUAACAAGGAAACUUCAAGCAGCUUUGGUUUCUAGGAAAGAACUCCUGAAGGAAAAUGCAGCGCUCAAGGAAGAAGUAGAAAAUCUGUCAGCCAAACACGAAGCAAAAGAAACAGAGUACUUUGCUCUGCAAUCAUCUGUUUUAAAGUUGAAACAACAAAAUGCGGACCUGGAAAGUUCCGUGUCACAUUUCUCCGAAGAGAAGGACAAAAUGUGCACUGAAGUCGACCGCAUCCUUAACGAGAAUCGCAACCUAUCUGCAGCCUGCGAAAGUUUGAAACUAACUAUAGAAAACAUCACUCAGCAGAAACAAGCCUUCUCGUGCCAGCUUGAAUCGCUCAAAGAUUCUCAAACAGAAGAGCUGACCAAGUGGAAGUCGAAACACGCAGAGCUCAAGCAAGAGUACGAGUCUCUUUUGCAAGCUUAUGAAAAUGUCAGCAGUGAAAUGGACAAGAUGAGACAGCUUUUAGAGGGAGCUAAAAGAGACAGGCAGGAAGCCCUCCGAAAAGUACACAAGCACGAAAGUGAGAUGGAGAUCCUGGGGAAGCAAGUCCGAGAGAUGGAGGAAGAAAAUAAGAGAAUGAAAGAAAAAGUGGAGGAAGUUUCCAAAGAGAAAAUGCAGAGAAUCGAGGAGCUGCAGGAGCAGAAUGAGAAAAUCAAAAAACAGGUGAUGGAAAUGAUGUGUGAUCUAAAUGAUAAAAACCAACAACUGGAGGCAGAGACUGCCCCAUUUAAGGACUCCUUCGAGGCUCUCAGAGUGAAACUUACUGAGAUGGAAGCUGAAAAUAUCCAGCUAGCAGGAAGGCUGGAAGAAGCUACCUGUUUGCUGGAAAAGAAGAACCUGGAAUCCAAUACAUACACAAGCAACAUGCAGAACAAACUUGACGAAGCACUCAGUUUGAAUAGUUCACUGACUGCUCAGAUUGAAGCUCAGAAAACUGAACUUGCUGCUCAAAUGGAAAUCAACAACUUGGUAGAGAGGGAGAAGCAGACCCUUUCAGAGAGAAUUGAGAAAAUACAGAAUGACCAUGAGUCGCAGUUGGGAUUAAAAGAUGACGCAGUUAAGGAACUCAAAGACAUUAUCACCAGGCACCGCCAAGAGACUAUUAACCUGAAUGAGAAGGUGAGAAUUUUGGAGGAUGACAAGUCACUUCUGCAAGAGGAACUUGAGAACGCUCAAGAGCUCUCAGACAAGGUGAAAAAUGAAAAUGAAUAUUUGGAGACUGUAAUCCUCAAAAACUCGGAAAGGAUUGACGAACUGACUGAGUCUGUCGGUGCCCUGCAGUCCCAAAAUGCGCAGCUUUCCACUCAACUUGCAGCUAGUAAGGAGAUGAACGAUCAGAUUCGUCACGAAAAAGAACAGGAGCAGCUCAAGUUGGUCAAAGAGUUUGAGGAGAAACUCAAGACAGUUCAGAGAGGCAACGAGGGUUCGAAGAACAUGAAGAAAGAGCUGCAAGAGCUGCUCAAAGAAAAGCAUCAGGAGAUAAAUCAGCUGCAGCAAAACUGCAUCAAAUACCAGGAACUGAUUUUAGAUUUGGAGAGCUCUUUGAAGAGCUCGCAAUCAACGUGUGAACACUUGGAGAAAGAACUGAAGAAAAACUCAGAGAAGAUUGCAGAUUUAGAGGAGAGAGGUAAACAAGCUGAAGCUGAGCUAAUUGUGCACAAGAGUCAUCUCCGGGAAGCCAAAGAAAAGAUUGAGAGUACCGAGUCUGAAAGAGACCAGCUGGCUCUUCAAGUGUCGCAGCAAAAUAAACAGUCUGAAAAUCAGAAAUCACAUCUGACACCUCAAAAUGUAGAAGAAGCAAAAAUAAACUCUUACAUAGAGAAUCAGUUUUUGUUACAGCGGCAGAUAGAUGAUCUCAUGGAUUUAAAAGAGAAAGAAAGUCAAACAGUUGAUGAGCUGAGGCAGCAGCUAGACUCUCGAGAUCUCCAGAUAAAUACUCUAAAGAGAGCGGCUGAGACUCACGAAGCAAAGCUGUCUGCGUUAGCUUCCACACCACACGGGGCUAAUGCUACCAAACUUUGGAAUGAUUUGUACCAAAAAACCUUACAUGAGAAGGACAAUCAGCUGCUUGAGCAAGGCUUCAUCAUUAAAAGAUUCCUGGAAGAUAUGAGAAUGAAAGACAAAGAGGUCAAUGAGUUGCGGGUGACCAAGUCAAGACUGGAGAGGACGCUGAAUGAAUACUCUGUAGCUGCUGCUGCGCAUCAGAGGCAGCUGUUUGUUAUGAGCGCAAGCAAUGCUGAACUCAGUGAGAGUGCAGAGCUCAUGACUGUGCAGGUGAAGGAGCUCAGCGCUCAGGUGGAAAGAACAGAACAAGAAAAAAACGCGGUGAAGCGACAGCUGGCUGACAAAGAAGACGUGAUCUCCCAAAUGCAGCUCAGUCUACAGCAAGUGGAAAAGAUAAAUGCUGACAUGGAAGCUCAGAUAUUCCUUUUGCAGUCUCAAAAUGACAAAACUCAAGCCGACUUUGAGAAGCAGGAGGGAAUUUGUCUGCAGCUCAAAACGCUUCUUCAGAGCAAAGAUGCUGAGAUCUCCUCUCUACUGUCCUGCAAAGAUGGACAAAUGUCAGGCUAUCUGGAGCAACUGCAGGCUAACUAUCGUAACCAGGUGUCAGUUUAUGAGGACAGGCUGACAUCUUCACGAUACCAAAAGGAAAAGACGGACAAAGAGUUGAGAGCGCUUGAGGCCAAGGUCCGAAGUCUGCAAAUUAAAGUAAACAGAUCUAUCCAGGAAAAGGAGCAGAUGGAAGCAAAGAUGGAGUCGUUCAAGAACUCAAUGGUGUCUUUGCAGAGCGAACGGGAACGGCUGAUGUCAGAAUACAGAAUACUGGAAGCAAAGAGUCAGUUAGGGUUAAAGGGCAAAGAGGGCUCUCCCGAUGGGGAAGGUGGUGCAGCCAAAGGCCUUAAACACGAAAUUAGAAAACUGUUACAUCAGAUGGAUGAUCUCAAUUCUGAGAACGCUAUGCUCAGGGCUCAACUGGUCCGAUACAGGGAGGAUUUAAAUCAGGUUUUGUCCCUCAAGGACAACCAGUUGAAAGUAUUGCUAAAGAAGCAACAGGAGGUGAUCAAAAACCUCGAAACCCAAAAAGCUGUGGCUGAAAAGCAACACAGAGAGGCUCAGCUGGAAGUCCAGAAGGAAGAAGAAGCAAGCAAUGCAUUAAAGGAAGAGAAUUCUAAACUUAAAGCUCAUGUGUCCAAGCUGGAGGAGGAACUGUUAACUCAGAGAAAAGAGAGUGAAUCAACAAACUGGGGCAAGGUGAUUGCUGACUUGCAGGAAGCUGUUACAGCCAAAGCAUCUGAAUGUAAUGACCUGCAGCAAAAACUUCUUUCUCAGAAGCUCUCAACUGAUGACCUCAAGGGGAAAAUGCAGCAGCUGGAAAAUGAAACGGACAAAAAAUUGUCUGAAGCAGAGGAAAAGUACAACAGUGAGCUGGAUGCCUUUGAGCGCGAGGUGGAGCUGAUGAGGAAUGAGCGAGAAACUGCAGAUCAGAGGGUGGCAGAGCUCGCAAAAGACCUACUUGAAAUAGAGCAGCAGUUAUCAGAGGCUAAAUCGCAAAGCAAAGAUACGAAGGCUCAGAAUGAAUCCCUGUGCAAGGCAAUGGCUGCUUUGCAGAAUGACAGAGACCAGCUCAUCGAGGACUUCAAGGUCCUCAGGCAGAGAUAUGAUGAAGAACUCCGAGAGACUCGGGCAGCCUUAAGCAAGGUGGAGCGCAGUUUGCAGGACACCACUUCAGAUUUGGCCAUGUUUGCCAAAGAGAGGGACAUCCUUAUUCGUAAAUUAAAAGCCUUUGAGAGUAAAGACGCACACGGAGAGCUGAACAAGCUGCUGGACGAGCUGACGAAGGUUUUGCCAGAAAAGGAAAGAGAACUAAAAAAAGUCAUUUUGGAAAACAACACUUACAGCAGGCAACUGUCAGCAUUCUCCAGAUCAAUGGCCAGUCUCCAAAACGAUCGUGAACGGCUGAUGGACGAAUUGGCCGGGGCUAAAAGAGUGGUUGAGUCCAGGCAAGGGUCGAGCCCAGAGGCUGUCGGUACGUCGAGCGUGGAAAAGUCAAAGGGAAGUGGCGUCAGUGCCUUGGAGACUGAGUCAGAUGGGCUGGGAAUGCAUCAGAAGAUGGACGAACUGCAACAAAUGGCACACAAAGAAGUGAGAAGUCAGCAGGAAGCAACAGCAGAUCAGAGAUCUGAUGCUGAGCCGAAGGACCUGCCAGUCAAACAGGAAAGCGGUCUGGAGGAGGUGGUGAGUCGUUUGGAUGCAGAGAGGAGGCAGCUUCACAGAGAUCUGCAGCGCUGUAUGUAUGAGAUUCAGCAGCGAGACCAGUACUUCCAGCAGCUCAACACAAAGUUGCAGGAGGCAGUAGAGGAGAAAGGUGCUGUUACAGCUCAGCUAAGGGCUGUUUCCCAGACGCUGAGGGACACCCAGAAUCGAUGUCAUUGGCUGGAAAGCCAAGUCCAAAGCCAGGUGCAGGGUUUACUUCACACUGAAGUUGCACCAGGGGCUCCACAGGAGAAGAGCAACGACUCCAUGUUAAGUGAAAGUGCUGAAGCCAGUCAGCUCAGAGAAAGGCUGCUGGAGGUGGAGCUGAGUCUGGCAGAUGAGAGAGCCAGGAGAGAAAUGGCCGAGGAGGCUCUGCGUCUUGCUGAAGACAGAGUAAAGAGUGCUGCCUCCAGUCUGUCCAGGGACAGUCACAGAGACUUCAGUAUCGAGAUGGAAGCUGAAGAGGAGUGGGAAGCUCUAACUCUCAACCCAAAUCAGCCUCUCAUAACACGAAAGGUGAAAGGAGGGAUGGUGGCGUGUCGACGGUGGCUCCGAGGCAGGAGCCUUUACUUCUCCAGGCUGCUGACGAGUCGCACUCGCUCUCGAUAUUUCUUUCUGGCUUACUUGUUCACCAUACAUGUGCUUGUUCUCAUGUGCCUCACUGGAACCCUGUAGGCAAAGUCGUUCCUGGACAAAACACAAACUGGCUGAAGGGUACAUAUGAAAGCUAACAGAGAGGGGCCUUUGAUUUUCAGUGAAUAACUUUGUGCAUACACGGUAAAAACCUGAAACUGACACAUUGUUCUCUGUUAAAUAUAAUGGUAAUGGGGGGGUGGGGGCAGGGACGACAGUUUCUUUGCAUCUGAUUUAAGUUUUCUUAUGUUUGUAAGUAGACCAAGCCUUAAAGCCGUUGGCUUUGCUUGCCUUCAAUUUCUUUUCUUUAAUUUUUUUAAGAGCCACACUGGAAAGGAGACGAGAAAAGAGUUUGUUUGAUGUGACCCUCGUGGAAAAGCUGCACAGUUUGCAGAAAGCCAUAUACACCCGUACUUAACACUAAGAAUUGUUUGAAAUCUCCUCUACACACCAGCUGCUGCUUUUCUUGUUUGCCUGAGUUCAUGUGUUGCACAUGAUCACAUAAUCAAAAUGCUGAGUUUAAACUAUGCACUGAAACUCCUAAUAUGUAUGUAAUCAUUUUGUGGAAGCUCAGAAGCACUACACCUCUCCCACUCUGUUCCCUUUAAACUGUAAAGCCAAAGGUGUCUGUAUUCUUACUUUGGCGAGCACCCUCAUGCCUGUAAAGCUAGUGGGAGACGUAAUAUUCUCAAGUUAACGCCAGUAUCAUGGUGUGCCAUUGAAAUUGUACUGCAACACAGUAGCAGGUACGAGUUGUUUGUAUUUAAGUUUCUCCUGUAUUUAUGUCUGCAUCCACACAUGCACGCUGUACAGUGUGUCAUAUUUCUGUAUAUAUGAUUUUUAUCCUGUCUGCUUGAUGUUUAUUGACUGUAAAUUUUUCCUUGAUUGUUUAGAGGAUAAAAACAGGUUGGUAAGAAUUUUUUUUCCUAAAAUUACUUCGACUAACAAGCCAGAAUCCCCUUUGUGUAGAUUCAAUUAAAAAAACACAAACCGUACAAAUGAGUGUCAGGAUCUGUUUUCUGGCUUGUUAGUUGAUGCAUUUUUGUUGAAAAAUGCACAGUUCUGCACGUUUGUGUUAUAAGUAUCUGUAUAUAAAGGGUUCAAUCAAUGGACAGUGACCGAAAUCUAUUUAUAAAAAAGGUAAACUACUGAAAAAUGUUCAGAUGGCAUAUUUUCUCUACUGCCUCUAUUUUUAAACGUUGGCAAAGCAGUUGGCCUUGAGGCACAUGAGGCUUAACGUCGUGCAAUACUGUGUUGGGAGAACUUUUUCUGAUCGCCUUUCACCAUCUGGAGCGGACUUUAAUAAAGCUCAUUGAAGUUUUCUGCCCACA